AUGGCAUUUCUGGCGUUGCCUGCAAGCAACCCUGUGGCGUCCUCGUCAAUACUCGCACCGUUCUCAGACUCUAUCCACGCGUGGAUCGCUUCUCCUAUAAGCUCAGGCGAGAUGGGAUCCUUUUAUGAUGUUAUCCGUCGAUGCAACAAGUUCGAAGAGGCGAAGAGCGCUGCCAUGUGGGAGUUUGCCGUCCUGGACAACUCCGUUCCGGUUGGAUAUAUGCUGCCUGAACAUGUCGCCGAGAUUAGAUGGGACAAUACAAGCUUCCGUGUCUCCAAGUCUAAGCGCAAGAUACACCUGGAUCCGGUCGUCAAGCCGGGUGACGACGUUGUCGAAAUAUGCCGCCGCGAAUUCAUAGCACUAUGCGAGAAAAACGCCGACAACCUCAACGGCUGCUUCAGAAAGUGGCUGAAGAAAAGAUCAGACUUUCACCCAAUCCGCGGCAUUGACGUAAAGCUGGCUGGAUUGGUGAUCCCCUCGCCUGCCAGGGGAAUCUUUGGCAUUGUCACGACGGGUGUUCACAUGAACAUGUUUACCGUCAGGAACGGCAGGAUCCAUGUGUGGGUUUCAAAGCGCUCUCAAAACGUCACGUAUGCCAGGAAGCUCGACCAAUUGGUUGCGGGAGCGAUGGACCCGGCCGACAACAUGGAGCCCUUGGUGACGCUCAGGCGUGAAGCCAUGGAAGAAGCAGGGCUUUUGGUCGAUACCGCCACGAAUAUGGUGACUUGGAACAGCAGCCACGUCGGUAAAGUCACGGCCGAAUCGAUGAUUUCGUUUUAUGACCAAAAAGACCACAUUGCCGGCAACGAAGAGGGCCAUGUUGAACCGGGGAUCCGAUACACCUAUGAUCUGGAGGUUGGCCCCGAUUUUGUCCCGUAUCCUCAGGAGCCGGAGUCCAUUGAUGGGUUUAUCUUGAAGCCCGUGGAAGAAGUCAAGAGGGACCUGAAGAAUGCCGAGUGGAAGCCGAACUGCGGACUCGUCAUGCUGGAUUUCUUACUCCGGAAGGGCGAGGUCAGAGAGGGAGAUGACGAGAAUUUCGGACUGUUGAGGCGCGGCCUUGCGAGGAAUUUGCCAUUCUACAACCUGUGA